AUGCCAAUGAAAAGGAACACGGGGAGUCCAUUGAAGAAUGGCACGUUUUAUCAACUGCAACCCAAAAGAGCUUGCAGGAGCGCAGAUGACCUCCACGAAACAAUCACCGUUGACCAAGACGACCUUACAAAAAACGUGUUUUUCAAAGCCAGGCUUGAGGAGGAGGAUUCUGGAAUUAAAUCAGAGGCUGAUGAGAGCAAUGGAAGCGUAUCUUCUGAGGAGGAUCUAGAUUAUUCCAAGACCUUCUCUUUAAAAGAAACUGUGCUAAAGAAAAGCAUCAGUCAAAUUAUCAAGGACAAGAAGAAACAGACUCAUCUUACUUUACAAUGGCUCGAGGAAAACUACAUUGUCUGUGAAGGUGUUUGCCUGCCUCGCUGUAUCCUCUACGCUCAUUAUUUAGACUUUUGCCGGAAGGAGAAAUUAGAUCCUGCUUGCGCUGCCACGUUUGGGAAGACUAUUCGACAGAAAUUUCCUUUGCUUACAACACGGAGGCUUGGAACUAGAGGCCAUUCAAAGUAUCAUUAUUAUGGUAUUGGAAUUAAGGAGAGCAGUGCGUAUUAUCACUCGGUGUACUCAGGAAAAGGCUUGACACGAUUCUCUGGAAGCAAACUCAAAAAUGAGGGAGGAUUUACCAGGAAAUAUUCACUUAGUUCUAAAACGGGGACGCUUUUACCUGAAUUCCCGAGUGCACAACAUUUAGUGCUUCACGAGUCUGUUUCAAAAGAAAAGGUGGACACAUUAAUUAUGAUGUACAAAACACACUGUCAAUGCAUUCUAGACAACGCCAUUAAUGUCAACUUUGAAGAGAUCCAGAACUUUCUUCUUCACUUCUGGCAAGGAAUGCCUGAGCAUCUCCUGUCCCUGCUGGAGAAUCCAGUCAUUGUGGACAUCUUCUGUGUGUGUGACUCUAUACUUUACAAAGUUCUGACUGAUGUUCUCAUUCCUGCUACCAUGCAGGACAUGCCUGAGAGUCUUUUGGCAGACAUUCGAAAUUUUGCCAAGCACUGGGAACAUUGGAUGGUGUCUUCGUUGGAGAAUCUCCCAGAAAUCCUUUCAGACAAGAAACUGCCCAUCGCUCGCCGGUUCGUGUCCUCCUUAAAGAGACAGACCUCCUUUUUACAUCUUGCACAGAUCGCAAGACCUGCACUUUUUGACCAGAACGUGGUGACAUCCAUGGUGAAUGAUAUUGAUAAGGUGGAUCUGAACAGCAUUGGUUCUCAAGCGUUCCUUUCCAUCACAAACGACCAAGAUUCAGACUUCUACUCUGAAUAUGACUCGGUUUCAUUGUUUCAAGAGCUGAAAGAUCUCUUGAGGAAAAAUGCCACCGUAGAGUCUUUUAUUGAAUGGCUGGACUCUGUGGUGGAACAGAAAGUUAUAAAGCCUAGCAAGCAAAGCGGUCGGUCGGUUAAGAAGCGAGCUCAGGAUUUCCUUCUGAAGUGGAGUUUUUUUGGCGCACGAGUGAUGCAUAAUCUCACUCUAAACAAUGCUACCAGCUUCGGUUCAUUCCACCUCAUUCGGAUGCUUCUGGAUGAGUAUAUCCUGCUGGCAAUUGAAACACAGUUUAACAAUGACAAAGAGCAGGACCUCCAGAACCUGCUGGAGAAAUACAUGAGGAAUGCAGAUGCCAGUAAGGCUGCAUUCACCGCAUCUCCAAGUUCCUGUUUCUUGGCCAAUCGAAAUAAAAGCAGCAUGGCGUCCGGUGAUUCCGCCGUCAAGGACGAGAACCCUCCAGAACAUGAUUUUCUAUCACUUGGGCCAAAUAGUGUUGUGUACCAUGCUACCGAUCCAGACAGCUUUACUGUAUCUGGACAAAUGGAUUACUCGCAGACCAGCGGUCCCCUGAUGACGCCUCCCAUCUCCCCAGCCAUGAUGAACCGUAGCAGCGUGAUCAACCAGGGCCCGAUGGCUGUGAGACCUCAGAACUGUCCCAUCCAACCCCAGGUGUCCUGCCAGGCCUUCACAGAUACCAUGUAUCAGAGCCUUCCCAUUACUAGCCCCGGAUCAUAUCCCCACUCCACUUAUUACCAGACGAUGUUUAGAUCUCAAACACACCCCCCGACGUCAGCGUACCAGGUCCGAGCCGAAAGCGGACGCUACACGUCCUUCUCUGGAAACCAGCUGGCCAAAGACUGUUUCGGCAACAGCUGUACCGUAUCUCCAUACAACACCAGGGUGUCGUCUACUGGAUACACGGGUGACACCGGGAUAGACACUGAGGCCGUUCAGCUGCUGGACUCUGGAGGGUUUAGUUUUGGAGGAGGUGCUAACAAAGUGGAAGGAUGUUCAGGUCCAGUUUGCUCCAGCACAGGACACAGCGGGUACUAUGGUUCCGGUGGGUAUGUGGAUGCUCAAAGGAUGAGCACAUUUAUCGAUCAACACGUGUCGGUGAUCAGCAGUGUGAGCAGCAGCCGCUCCGUUUCAGCUUACUCUGAGGUCCACGACCCUCUCAACAUCCUGGAUGACACAAGCAGGAAGACAGCCAGACCCUUUUAUACCGAACUGGCCUCUAUGGGCGCGCACACAUCAGGAGCCUGCGUACCCCAUUCCUGUACCAUCAAUGCACCCUGCAUGUACGGAACUGCUGCUUCAUAUCACUCCCAGAAUGCAUUGCUGCCUCAUCAGGGAACCAACGAGAUUCGGGAUAUGGUUUCUUCCUUGCCUCCCAUCAACACUGUGUUCAUGGGCUCAUCCGGUGGGCCGCCCUGACUGUCCUCUG